UCUCGGCUCACGCGGCAGCCCUCCCGCCAGAGCCGAGGGCGCAUCGCGAGGGGUGCACAUGCCGGCCAGCCAGCCGCGGCUGCUCAAGGCGGCACGGCCCUCGGCGAGGCCUCUCGCCGGCGGCAACUUCGCCCGCUGCCUCCUCCUGAUGAGCGGAUUCGCUUGCCACUCCUGCGGCUGGGGGCGGUCCCUCCUUGCUGGCGCAGGUCGGCCGCGGGUCCGGCCACCUCGAUCGGCCACAGGGCUCCGCCGGCGAGCAGCGAGCGGCGGCGGGCGCGCUGCCGGCGACGCAUCCGCGGCCGCCGCGGCAGCGGCUCGGAGGAGUCUGCUGGGGGCAAUCGGGGCCUAUUGGGAGCCGCCGCAGCCGGCGCAGCGCAGCGAUGCAGCGGCGCGCAGCCACCGGGCCAAUUGGACUCACCAUCGGCGGCAUCGAAAGAGCCCCGCUUUCGUCCGCCCCUUUGCGCGCCAGUCUGGGCCAGACGCGGAGGGGUGGUCACGCGUCCUCAUGCACCCCGGCAAGCUGCAGGUGGUCAGGAGCGCGUGCCGCCUGGGCGUCGGCAUCCGCUGGUCUGAGGUGCGGCGCAUGGCCCUGGCGGCCACCACGGCGGGCGGGGGCCUGUGUGCACGGGCGCUUUUCGAGCGCAGCGGUGAUCGCACUCCGCUCUGCAUGCUGAGCGAUGCAGAGAGCAUUCACGCGGCCUACGCUGCUUUAUUGACCGACUCCAUGAUUUCAGUGCAGUAUCGUUGCGUGCAGGUGGACGAGGGCGGCGGCGACGGCGUGAUGGCCGACAGCGAGGCGAACAUGAUGGCUCUGCAGAGCCGCCUUUACGCACCGCGCCGUCUCGCCGCCAGCUUCAUGGCCGCGGGCCCCACGAGCGCAUUGCUGGGGCGCCACCCGCAGCCAGGCAGCAGUACGCUGCAGCUUGCCAUCGUGGACCCAUUGAUAGUGGGACGCCGUGGAAAGAUUAAACCCUAUUGGCAGAAGGCGUGGGCGUUCGCAUUGCGAAUGAUGGAGUGCGAGGAAUUCCCCCCGGUUCGGAUUUCGUGGUGCGCAGGCGGCUUCGAUGGGUGGACGUACAGUGACGGUUGCCACCGAUAUUUUGCAUCGCUCGUCAGCGGUACGUGGUUGCGCAUUUGUUUCAAACCGCCCAGUGGCCGAUUGGA